AUGGACGAAAAGCUGAAACUGGCACAAGCCGAACAGGUGAAGAAGUUCGCCUUCUUCGGUGUUGCCGUUUCAACUGUAGCCACCCUUACGGCUAUUGUGGCAAUACCUAUGCUGUGCAUGUACAUGCAGAACGUGCAAUCUGGUUUGCAAGAUGAGAUCAACUUCUGUCGGACGAGAGCCGUUUCAUUGCGUGGUGAAUACGUUAAACUUGAAUCCGAAACGAAAUCAGAGAGUCGCGAAAAACGUCAAACAUAUCAGUGCUGUUCAUGCGGGAUGGGUCCGGCAGGGCCAGUAGGAAACCCAGGACAGGAUGGCGCUCCAGGCAACGACGGUCGACCUGGAGCUCCAGGAGCACCCGGACCGGAUGCACCAAACGACUACGUUGCUCCACGGCCAGAGGACUUCUGUUUCGAGUGUCCUCCUGGACCAGCAGGAGCACCUGGACAGCCUGGACCCAAAGGUCCCCCGGGAAAUCCAGGAAUACCCGGUGAGCAAGGACCACAUGGUCGGCCAGGCCCGAGUGGUGCGCCAGGACCGCAAGGUCCAAUUGGAGAGCCUGGAGCUGACGGCCUCCCUGGAAAACCUGGUGCACCGGGACAAGUACGUGCUGUGCCAUCCCCGCCUGGACCACCUGGAAUGCCUGGAGAACAAGGACCACCAGGACCGCCUGGAGAAGACGGACGUCCGGGAAAUCCAGGUCAGGCCGGACCUCCCGGUCCACAAGGAGACGCUGGACAAGAUGGAGCUCCAGGAAAUCCGGGUGCCCCUGGAGAACCUGGACCGCCUGGGCUGGACGGAAGCAAAGGUGGAUGCGACCAUUGUCCUAUCCCUCGCACGGCUCCUGGUUAUUAA